CUUAGUUCUUAUUAGUUCAAUCAGUCAGUCAGUUUAAAAUUUUAUUCGUUGUUGGUGGUUGUGUUGUGAAUUUUUCUUAUUUAUCCAUCGUAGAAUCAAGUUGAAUACUAGUAUUUUUUUCUUCCAAAUAUUUAACACACAUCAUCAUGUUGGACGUACUAGCUGAUGUGCUGCAGCCGUACAAGGAGAUUGUGGGGAACAUCGCGGCCAUUGUGACCGUGGGCCAGAUGUUCUCUGGCUCCUUCAUCUGCUGGGACAUUUACAAGCAGGGCAACACCAAGGGCAUCGGCAUCAUGCCCUUCCUAGGAGGUGUCAUUAUGAGCGUUCUCAACUUGAAGUUUGGUUACAUACUUCGCGACGACAAGAUGAUCCAAGUUAAUUUGUUUGGUUUGGCCUUGAAUAUCAUCUAUUGUAUGAUUUACUUCAAUUAUACACAAGAGAAAAUGAAGGUUUGGGCUCAGAUUGGUCUCGCAGGCGCCUUCUCCGCCGGCCUCAUCGCGUACGCCCAAAUGGAAGACCCGAAGUUGGUUGAGAACAGAUUCGGAACUAUCAUCACUGCGUUCAUGUUCUAUUUGAUCGCCUCACCCUUGUUCGGAUUGAGAGAUAUAAUCAAGAACAAGAGCACGGAGGGUAUGCCGUUCCCCAUCAUCCUGUCUGGAUCCAUCGUCACCUUCAUGUGGCUGCUGUACGGGAUCAUACUCAGGAACAAGUUCCUACUUAUCCAAAAUCUAGUCGCAGUAGUAUUGUGUGGAUCUCAACUCGCGUUGUUCGUGAUCUAUCCCUCGAAGCCCAAGCCAAGCAAGGAAAAGAAACCUAAGGCAAAGAAAGCCGACUAAAUCGAAUAGUUAGGACGAACCACAACGUUGCCUCCUUAGGAUUAAGGUAUGAAAUUUGGUCGGGUUUUAUUUUGGCUGUGUUGUUGUAUGGACAGUUUUAAUAAAAGCGUAAAACGACA